GUGCGCGGCCGUCCGCGUCCGUAUACCGUCGUUGUUUGUUGUCGCCGUCGACUCUCUCUUCUCUUUUUUUCUGUAUCUUGUUAUUGCAAAGGUAUACCUACACGACAAGUACUUUUUGCACGCACAAAACUGCCUCGUCUCCUCUUGAUUCUCGAGCAUUUUCAUCGAGAUACGACGCAACAGUCACGUUCGAUCGGACUCGAUUACACGCUGAUUAAGUGAUUAUUCAUCUUUUGCCUCCUCCUCCUCCUCCUCCUCCUCCUGUGCGUAGGUAUAUUCCUCGUUGUUGACGUUGUUUUGUCAAUCCUCUCGUUGUCGUUGAGUGCACAAUUAUACCAAGAUCACCUGUACCUUGGACCUUGAACUGUGCAUUAUUGUUAUAUCUACUUGUUACAAGGUGUAUAUAUACAUACAAACAAAGUGUGCAAACCAAGCGCAUAUUAUAUGCAUAGGUGUUGUGCCAGGGUUGUGCAUUAGUCUACUUAGUUGUGUGUAUAUAUUUUUCUCUCUGGUACAGAGCGUUUGCAGGUACAUUUAAAUAUACCUAUAAUAUAUGUACAUAUUGAGCGGACAGUGCAGGAAUACUAGACUACAGCUACCAACAUUAUUACUAGCUAUAGUUACUUAGUGUGCAUCUUUUAUUGUUGCUGUUUUCGUGAGGCCCUCGUUUCGACUCCGAAACUGACAAACAAUUAAAGGGGUCAAGAGAGGCGAGAGAGAAGAUUGCACGUGUACACACAUAUGUAAUAUAUAAAUUAAAGGGAGGUCAAGCACACGCAAAACAAACAAAGGAAAACGGGCUCCGCAACAAUCAAACGUGGAGGCGCUAACGCAAGGCAUCAAGUACACCUUAUCCGGACUAAUGAGCUUGACGGACGAGCAUGCAGAGCCUGAGAACAAUGCACUAUUCGUCAAUUUUAACCAGGACUACACGUCUCUGGCCGUUGGAGAUAAGGAAGGUUACAGGGUCUUCUCGCUCCUCAAAGUUGAUGAUAUCGACAAUAUUUACGAAGCGGCGGAAGAAGCGUACAUUUUCGAGAGACUGUUCAAUAGUAGUCUCAUCGCGAUAGUCAACACUUCGUCCCCCCGAAAGCUUCGGGUCUGUCACUUCAAAAAAGGCACGGAAAUAUGCAGCUACAGUUACAGCAACACCGUAUUAUCGGUGAGGCUCAACAGAAAGAGACUAGUGGUGUGCCUGGAGGAAAACAUAUUUAUUCACAACAUUAGGGACAUGCAAAUCGCCCACCUGAUCCGCGACACGCCACCAAAUCCAAAAGGUGUGUUCGCCCUCUCGACUAGCGAGCCCUGUUACCUGGCGUACCCCGGCUCGAGCACCAUUGGCGAGGUGCAGAUCUUUGACGCGGAAAAUCUGCAAGCCAAGACGAUGAUUCCCGCGCACAAUAGUCCACUCGUGGCUCUCGCGUUCGAUACUAAAGGUGCCAAGCUGGCUACAGCCUCCGAGAAGGGCACCGUCAUCCGAGUUUUCCAGGUCAGCGAUGGUGCUAAGCUAUUUGAAUUCCGACGGGGGGUCAAACGUUGCGUGUCCAUCAGUAGCCUGAGCUUUAGCGUGGACUCGGUUUUCCUCUGCGUCUCUAGCAACACGGAAACCGUUCACGUAUUCAAAGUCAAAGUCUCGCAAGAUGACGAUGCCAAAUCGGGACAAGAGGAUGAGUCUUGGAUCGGGUACUUUUCAAUGGCCUUGACCGCGUCUGCGAGUUACUUACCAUCCCAAGUUACCGGAGUCUUUACUCAAGGCCGUGCUUUUGCAACUAUUCACUUACCUUUCCAAGGACUCAAAAAUAUUUGUGCCAUCGCAGUGAUAGAAAAAGUGCCUAGGUUAUUAGUAGCCAGUGAGGAUGGUUACCUCUAUAUUUACAAUUUCGAUGCUGAAGACGGUGUGAAUAAUGUACUUUACAAACAACACAGGCUUUUUAGAAGGACGGAGGGAAACGAUUCGACUACUCCAGCUUCAAGAUCUGCUGGUGGAACUACCCCACCCAUCGUCAUACCAGGUUCACAUAAAACAGCCUGCAUAAAUAGCUACGCGGGUGCGUUGCGCGGCCGCUCGCCAAACACCAUGUCAGAGUCCGAGAAGUACCGAGAAAUAGUGGCGGCAACGGAGAGCCCACCGAAGCCGAGCGAGGCAUACCGGCUGGACGACGACGCGGAGUUCCCACCGGUGACGACCUCGCCGAGUCAGAGAACGGCCGACUGAACAGCAGCUGCUCCGAAGUCGACUCUGGAGCCACAGUCACGUAUCACCACCAGCAACAGACGUCGUGGGAGAAGAUCGCAGAGAUAGACGUGGAGGGCGCGAUGCCCGUGCCGACACCCAGGCAGAAGAAAAAGGCCAGUCUGCAGGUCAAGAAGUAACAAGGCCCUCUUUCUCUCCCUUUCGCUCGACGACGAAUGAGUUUAACGGGUGAUUGUUUUUUUUUUUUUUUUUUUUUUACGUAAAUGAUUGUGACCUUUUUCCAUCGAGGUAACGGGUAGGAGGAAUUUAAAUUGUCAGCCACUGGCUGUUAGUACUUUUUUUGGAUCGGCUUCUUUCUUUUGUCAGUGUAUCUGUAAAUUUUUGUUUGUCCCCUUGUAAUUGAUUGGAAUCUCCAUAACGCGCUCCUACACGCAUCUAAAUACACAAUUGUUGGCGAAUAAUCGAUGCAUAAUUUUAUUUUUUCAUAGCAGAUAGCCUUGGAUGUCCUCGAUCCAAAUGAUAAUUUUUUUUUUUCUAUUCUAUUAGAUAUAUUUUACGUGAUUUCGAUCAUAAACGAAGAAUCAUUGAGGUAUGUUUAAACGACAUGUGCAUAUAUAUUAUGGACAUAUGUUGGAAUAUGUGUUGACGUAUAGAUUUCUAUUUUGUACUUCUAAGUGAUAAUUAUAUAAAGAUUUGCGAUUUGUUGAUUGAUACGAGAUAACAUCUGGAUUACGUAUUAAUGAAUGUAUUUUUUUUUGUCCAUCGUUAGUGCCAAUGCAUAUAGGCUGAAAAAUUUGAUAAACGAUCUCUUUUAGUGAGGACUUACUCGAUUUAAAUACACUGGGCAAUCAAUUUUUAUUGUUUAGCAAAACAGAUUGCCUCUUUGCGAUGAGGAUUAUCGUAAGUUUAGUUUAAGAGAUGAAUUUAAAAAACGACAAUGAAAUUGGUAAAAAUAAAAAAAAAGUGUGUCAAUGCUUUUGCAUUAAUCUUUACAUUAAUUAAUUGUUGAAAUAAUUAUUAAUUUGCAAUUUGAUAAGAUUUGAUAUUGUAGAAAAUUUCCGAAAUAAUUGUAAAUAAGAAAAAAAAAGUCAAAACAUUCACAGUGGAAUGUCACAUAUACAUAUAUAUUGUUCGUCUAUCUUCAUGUUGAAAACAAAAAAAUUUUUAAUUUAUAGAUAAGAUAAAACACAAUAAGUUAUACUUAUUAAAGCGUUUCUAACUCAAACCUAGGAAGAAAGGAUUUUUGUAUGCAAAUCACAUAAUUAGCUGUGUAUAUUGCUAAAAAAAAAAAAAAAAAAAAAA